AUGUACUCCGUAGGUACAAUCACCUAUCGCCUUUUGAGCCGAGCGCUGAACACUCAUGUCAACACGGCGAAACGUAUGCUCCAUGAAUACCACAAGAGCCAGAAUGCCCUCCAUCCCGGCUCGGUCCACGCGACGUACCUUGUGUACGGACGCAAGCAGAGCAGGCCUCGGCAGCACGAUGGUGACGACGUGGAAAUGACCAGCUCGAUGCCGGAAGCGGAGCUGCUCACAGACGUUCUGCCACCUGAGGUUCUUACCCUCGGAGAAGAGGAGAAUCUGGAGGCUAUCUUGGCAGAGUAUCAAACCGUCACCUCGCUUCACAUAUACAGUCUUUCCCCCUAUUCGCGGGUCAACCGGGCUAUUCUCACGGACGUGUCAAAGCCAACGUCCGAAUGCUUCAACAAGCAGCACCCAACACCGGUCUUGAAUUCCCAUGGGAGCAUUCAAAACCCACAUGUUCGCCGUCGAGAUCGCAAGGGGAGCUCCAGGGUCCUACCCAAACCAUCACCAACAGCCACCAAACAGGAAGCCACGCCGGUGGAUGACAACAAGGGGAAGCAGAAAACGAUGCAUUCGUCCUCCGAAAGCAAACCGGUGUCGCUUGUGCCGCCAAAAAAUGCCACGAGUACACCGAAUGCUGCAAGCACACCGAAGCAAGCUCCACCUAGGGGAAUCAUGCAGUCAUUUGGCAAGGCCGUCUCGAGGAAACCUCCUCAGGCCAAGCCCAUGGUCCAAAAAGAGGAGGAUGCGAUGGCACUGUCCGAUGAUGGCGAGGCCGAUGCCUCGGACAUGCCGUCUGCCAAAAAGCCGUCGGCAGCGGCAGAGGCCGCAAGGAAAUCCAAGAAGGAACGGGAAGCAGAGCUGAGACGGAUGAUGGACGAGGACGAGGACGAGGUGGAGGGCGAGGGCGAGGGCGAGGGCGAGGGCGAGGACGAGGACGCCGAAGAUGAGGAGAUGGACGAAGCCUCGGAACCGGAGCCGGAGCCGGAGCCGGAGAGCAAACCGGAAAGCGAACCCGAUUCUCAACCGAAAUCGAACGAGGCCAAGGAACCCGCGGAGAUAAUUUCCAGCACGGGGGAUGGCCGUCGCAGGGGGAGGCGUCGCGUCAUGAAGAAGAAGCGCAUCCUGGACGACCAGGGUUACAUGGUGACUAUACAGGAAUCCGGUUGGGAAUCCUUCUCCGAAGAGGAAACAUCCGAACCACCACCCAAGAAGGCAACACCAAGCUUGACCCCAUCGUCGUCAGGUGUCAAGGCGAAGAAGCCCGUCGCCAAAGCCAGCCAGGGCAGCAUCAUGUCGUUCUUUUCCAAGAAGUAG